GCACCGACAAAAACAUUGAAGGCGAUUUCCUGCAGCCAUCAGGACCAUCUCUGGCCUUGCAUUGGGAGUCAGAUCCAGGGAGGAUGCAGGGCCACCGGCUGGCCUGAGGAGGGGGGGGAGGGGGGCCUCUCUCUCUCGCUCUUUUUUUGGCGCAUGGCGGAUUAUAUCUUGCAACUCUUUUUCUUUUUGGUCGAGGAGCAGGAGAGAGAGCAAGUGCGUGCGUGUGCGUGGGAGAGAGCGAGAGGCGUGGAGGUAGGAGCUGCAAAACAUGGUAAUCGCCAGCGGCAGCACCAGCACCAUCACCUCCGGCGUCUCCUCUCCUCUCCUCUCCUCCUCCUCCUCCUCUGCACCGGGGCUUGCGUUUCAUGCCCCGCACAGCUCCAGAAAUAACCCUCAGCCAGCAUGCCGAAGGGAGAAAAACAAGAAGAGCGGUAUUUUUAGGCUCAUUAAUUGGGCCCACGUGGUCUGAAGGUAAACCGGAUGGCCGGAGCUCACAGGCUCCUCGUCAGUAUGUCCUGCGAGGCCGGCGCGCCGCACUGGACGCUGACCGCGGCGGUUCUCUUGAGCCUCCUGCUGGGCAUCGCGUCGGCGUACCCGCGACCGAACGGCACCUCGCUGCUGGAGAAGCGAUGGGAGACGCUCUUCUCCCGCUCCGUGCUCGGCAUCUCCGGGGAAAAGCCGCAGCUCAACUGGGAGAGCGACUACCUGCUGGGCAUCAAGAGAGUGCGGAGGCUCUACUGCAACGUGGGCAUCGGCUUCCACCUCCAGAUCCUCCCCGACGGCAGGAUCAACGGGGUCCACCGCGAGAACCAGUACAGUCUCAUUGAGAUCUCCACGGUGGAGAGAGGAGUGGUGAGCCUGUAUGGAGUCAAGAGUGACUUGUAUGUUGCCAUGAACAGACGAGGGAGGUUAUAUGGGACGACAGUCUUCCAUGACGAGUGCAAGUUCCGAGAGAGGAUGCUCCCCAACAACUACAACGCCUAUGAGUCGAUGGCGUACGGAGGCUCCUUUGUGGCGCUCAGCAAGCACGGCCGCGUCAAGAGGGGCAACAAGGCCACCACCGCCAUGACUGUGACACACUUCCUACCCCGAAUAUGACCUCCCCCAAGCAAAGACUGGCAAUAACACACACAUUUGCACAUGUGGAUUCUUUCCCAGGUAACUUCGACACCCUAUCCAUACUGUACAUCCAUAAAAACCCACGAUGGACUGUCAGAGAGAGAAUAUCCAAUAGUAUUUAUUCAGACGUUAUAUGUAUAUUUGGGUAGCUUUCUUUGUAUUAGGAAUGAUGAAAUGCCUUUCUUUGCUGCUUUUUUGGGAUUGAAACCAAUGUUUGAUGGGGAUGGAGAGAGGCUUCGGUGGUCUCCUCAUUCUAUUGUACGGGUGCUUGUUGAAGUCAAUGGAGUGCGUGCCCUGUCAGCAUUGAUCAUUGUAUUACCUCAAAGCACCAACAUUUCGAAAAAUACAUGCAUGGAACUUCUACAGAGGAAACAAACAAAAUGCCUGUGAACAUGUUUUUGUUGCGCACCAUCUCCGUUUGGGGCGGGGCGACUGGAGCACUCGCGACAAUGGCGGUUGUCACUUCGUCAGGAGGCAGCGGUGCCUUGAAUUCCUGUUGCGGCCGCCCUCCCUGCCCCACGCCCUCGACUCCCUUCGCAUGCAAGAAAUGCCGGUGCUUAAGUCAGAAAUAGGAAUGAGAGAUCGUACGGCUGGCGGGCCGUACGAUGUUCCCUCUUGGAAUUAGAUAAAGGAAGUGAAACGGGACUGUGCGCGGCGUAUGGCGCGGCACAGCCUUUUUCUUCCCGUGGAAAGAUUUGAAAGGGAGAUUUGACAAUCCCACGAUUGAUUCGAUGUUUGCGGCAAUGCCAUUGUAAUACAAGGAUGAACGCAAUGUCGUUUUCCUCAAUGGGUGCGUUUCGGGUGCCGCCUGGCAUUUGGACAAAAAGUCUCUUUUGGUCAGGCGCUUGGAGGCCUUUAUACAGGAAAUGGAAAAAUGGUGACGUGUUCUAUGCUGCUAGUCAGUUCACUGUCAGUGAGGGUCUGCUUUGAGGGACGUUUGAGGAUUCUACACUUCAGUCUCUCAGAUUUCGAUUUGUGUUUAUUACCGAUGGAAGCUAUUUAUGCAAAGUGGUCACUGAGUAUGUAGCGUACUUUACUUGAAUGCAACACUUCAAUAUACUGUAACUGACGAGGCAAAGGUGAUGCACGGAGUUGGACUUAUAAGGACCUCUGCACGUGUGGCCUCCAUUGUUGAUUUAACUCGGCGAGGAUGCGAGUAAUGCGGGUGAACAUUGCGGAGCCUCUGGACAAGUGGGCCCCGUCCAUCGAAGCCAUUUGCGUACCAGGGCCGGCCGGAGGUGCUGACGUCUCCUUCUCGGGUUACUGACGUUUAGUUAUUUUCUUGUUCCGACCUUGCUCAAGACGAGGAGCUUUUGUCUCGUGCGAGAUGAGACGAAGGUCGUCAGGACUCGUCGAGACUGUCUUCGGUCCCGCGAUCGAUGUUAGGAUUGAAGUACAGUCGAAACUCCGAAGUCCUAAAGUUGGCCGAUCGAGCGUUUUGAAAAAUACAGAGCCCAAACUCUCAACGCCGCAAAUCUGUUUUGCUUUUUCUUUGACCUUUUGUGAAAUGUAGUCCAAUUGCCACCGAAGAGGCAAAAUAUAAUAACGACCGUAAAACCACAGUUGCUCAGUACAUAAUAAUAAGUUGACAGUAAUACUGUAUUUCCUCAAAUAGUGGCCUCCACGCGAAUAGACACUUUUUCUCAAUUAUGAAAUGAACGCCUCUUCUCAAAUAGACACCUUGGCUGCCAAGUCUAAAUCAAGUUCCGUUCAUCAAGCAUAGCAUUACCACGAAGCUGACUUCCACACAUCUACCAAGUUUGUUGCUAACAGCAGCACGCAAACAAUCGCUCGAGCAGGUUACGCACACGUACAGCUAAAAUGCGAGAGUGACACACGACAAGAAAAAAAUCAGGACGUUCGUGCGUCAGCGGUGGGCCGUGCAUUUGGUGCCUGGUCCUUCAGUGGGGACCACCUCUUAAUCCCACUAAUAUCAUGUCGCUAUUAUAUAUCAAUGCAAUAUAACAAAACGCCACACAACUGUGUCAUGUUCAUCUGGAGCAGUUCAGAAUGAAUAUUUGAUCGAAGAACAUGACAUACAAUACGUUCUACUCAUCGGAGACGCUGAUUAUUACAUUUAUUCAUGACGUGUUUCGCUUGUUGAACUUGGCUUGCCCCGAUCGACCAAUCAAAGACCAGCAAAAUCAUCCGGUUAUCGUUGAUGAUCCAUCACUGGUGUGCUUACUGCUCUUAUGGUCCGCGGUGUCCGGUGUAGCAAAUGGCACACAUACUGUAGAUCUCGCCGCUGACAAACGAUGAGGCCUAUUCAGAGACUCACGGCGUCCGUGGCUCGCCAAAACACACGUAAUCAUUUCUGCUUGUAAAUAUUGAACAGGUUUAGCAUUGCCAAUUCUCGCCCCCCCCCCCCCCCCCCGACCCUUUUCAGAACAGUUUGGGGUUGGAAAAAUCUCUCUCAACACCCCACGCACCACAGGCUAAUUGGUCACGGUCAGGAUAAUCUUGAGAAACGUCCGAUGAUCAGGGUUUUGCUGACUUGCAAUUCAUUAAUUUGUGUUUUGGUCGCUUGUUUUAUAUGCAUACGUUUAGAGCAGUUCCACACAGUCUACCUCUUUCAAGCCUGCUUUUUUUUUUUUUUUAAAGUCCCAGUUGAACUUCUCUAAAUUAUUGACUAACUAUUACUAUCCUACUUGAGCGAGCCAUUCAUUACAUCAUGGCUGUUGCAUAAUUACAAUGUACCAGAUCAACUCCAGCUGACAGUGGACCUUCCGUAAUAUCGAACAAACAAAUAGAUAAGUUAUAAUAACAUUGUUUUAAGGUGUGGAUUUUGAAAAAAAUCAUACAAAAAAAGAACUUUGCGUUCCUCUACUUAUAUUAGAGAUGUUUUCAUGCAGCAACUCAUGAAUUUGCCCGAAAAAUCAUACAACACAAUGGAAACUGAAGAUCUUUUUUUCCUGUGUCAGAGCAAUGCAUCAUGGGAUAUUGCUUUCCUCCUGCCCAUUGGUUGUUCCCAACUUUUCAAGCUGCGUUGUGGGAUACAUUUAAGGCACAUUAUAGGGGAUAACCGAUCGUCAUGACACGUUGGAGGAGCACCAAUGGAUCGGGAGUGAUUCCUAACACAGCCCUGUUGUCGCUAUGAGAGGAAAUGCAGUCCUUCUUGAACAAAAACGGAAUGCAAAUAGGAAGUUUUUUUUUUGUGAGGCGAUGGCACGGUCGCUCAUACAUUUUUACCAUUAGUAGUGGUCAAAGUUUUUACACAAGAUGGUUACGAAUAUUACUUAAAUUAUUGCCUCUAAUGUUAAUUAAGGUAAGGGGAGCCUGGAAAAGAACUUUUUUUAAUCUGGGAAAAAAAAAAAAAAAAAAAAAAUGAAGCUUGAUCAACAUUGUGUUGAACUUUAGAGGUUCUACUGUACUACUGCAAUUUUCUGCAUGUAGCAAAGUACCACUAAGGCCAACUUGGUGGAGGAGUAUGAUUAUUAUUUUUUGUUUUCCUUUGAAAUGUUGUCACCGUUUACCUCCUACACACUCUAGCUGUAACAUGCUGUGGGCAGCGCUUUAGGGGGGUCCCGCAGGCUCCCGCAGGCUCCCGCUCAUGUUUAGCAACUGAGAUGAGUAUGCGGCACCUGGACGCCGAGUGCGGCCACGCCAGCGCAUGCGCGAGUUGUUGGUUUUCUGCCAAAGUGACAGUACAGGCCAUAUCAAUUGACCUGGAGCCAGGAAUAACAGGACAUCGUGAAGGCAAAAAGGGUGGGGGGGGUAGAGAGCACAAGACUAAGUGGGAAGCACUGGAAGUAGCAAAAAGAAUCCAAUGCUUCCAGGAAUGUUGCUUGGUUAAACACACUGAAUACUGUGAUUAUUAGAGAAGCUGAGGAUGUUAAACUGUGAGUGUUAUCACCACUGAUAAAGCUAUGUUUUGGGUCUAUCGCCAUUAUUACUGUGGUGUUAUUCAUUUUAAUACAUAAUGGAAGAUGGGGAAACUAAUCAGCUGGAGCUUUCCUUUUCCUGCAACGACAGUGCGGGAUUAACUUUGGGGAUAAACUGUAAUAGGCAGUGCAAUUUAAUCAACAGGGGAAGAAUCCCAGCCAAACAUUUAAAAGCACUUGUUUUUGGAUGCAAUAUUGUG